AUGCUUGAUGCUAUCCUCACAGACAUCGUUCAAAAGUUCCCACUAGACAUUAAGAGUCUUGACAAAAGUUGUUUAGGUCCUUUGAGGAAAGCUUAUUGCAGCUCUCUUAAUCUACUUUUAAGGCAUGAGGCACGUGAAUUUGCUAAUGAGCUUAGAGCAAUUACAAAAGCAUCAAGAAAUCGAACUAUUUUGCUCGAAGGUUCAACUGGUUCAAAUCAAAAUGUAAACAAUGUAGAUACUUCCACUGCUCUGAAUAAUAUGCCAAAAUGCUCACCAUAUUUAUCCCACUCCUUCUUGAUGAGUCCAGUAGGACUCAUCACAUGCAUGACACAAGGAACUACUAGUCUUCUUAGUAAUACAGUUUAUGCCAUAAGUGAAGCUGCCACCCAAGAUCAAGUUCCAGAGAAUGGUGUCAAAGGAAUUUCUAAGGAUAAACCACUGUAUGCUUUUGAUCAGUGGGAGGCUUUGCUCUCCUUGAAGAAGAGUGGCAAAAUUGAUGAAUUAUUAUUACAAGAUCCACCAGGAGCAGGAAAAACACAAACAAUUCUUGGGCUUCUUAGUGCCAUAUUACAAACCAGCUGGGUAACAAUCUUGUUGAAAUGA